AUGCCCGAUUCGCAGCUGUACCUCACAGCUACCGUGGUGUACGAUUCUAUCUGGACAUUCGACAGUGCAGUGGAACAGACAUUGACGUAUACCACGACCUAUGUCAGUUCGCACGGUCAACAUAUGGGAUAUGCAAUUGUGGUCAACACUGCUCUGCCAUCGCCAUCACAAGUCGAGACAAUUGGCAUAACUUACUCAAUACGCCCUGACACAAGUUCGACACAACACGUUUCGGCAACAGUAGCAACACACAUGCCGACAGCGACUACCUCACAGUCAAGUGCAGUCAUGAGUGCGCCUUGUGACGGGUCUUCUUCAAGUCGCAGCUGGCCAUUAUCGCAGAGCCUCGCGUAUUUUCAGUUUGUUUUGUUAUGUCUCUUUUGCGGUGGCUAUUUCUGGUCUCGUCGCAUGACACUGCAGCAAAGUCAAGAUGAUGAGAACGAACAUGGGCGCGACACAUGCAUGGUUGUCGAAGCAAGCGACAAGAAGUCUACCUCUGAUCAAUGUCAAAGCGUGAAGCAGCCUUGA